AACUGAGAGUUCAAUUAAUUUUUGACAUUUUCGACUAAAAAAAACAUCAGACACUCAACCAGUGAUUUGGUGUCGAAAGUGUCAGAAAACAAAAAAAUAAUUGGUUUCUAAUUUCGACUUAAAAUCAUUCGGAAUUAAAAUCAAUACCGAAGAAGAUGUUUGGCUACUAUGCGAUUGCCAUCGCUUUAGUUGUCAUCAGUCGUUGCGAUUCUGCCUUUUAUGGCGAUCCGUUGCCAGACUUAGCAGAUGUUGAUCAGAAUUUUCGUGUCGAAAGAAUGAACGAUUGGCAGCAAAGAAAGUCAGCCAAAGAAGUAGACAAUUGGCCAAAAAAAGAAACGUUAGACCGAUUGGGUCAGGUGUCCGGUGUGGCCACCAGUCGGGACAACAAUGUACAUGUCUUUCACAGAGUUGACAGAGUUUGGGACCAAAGAACAUUUAAUUUGUAUAAUAUCUAUAAUAACAAAAAUGGACCGCCGAUUGCCAACGACACUGUCCUAGUGUUGGAUCCCAACGAUGGCAAAGUGAUGAAAUCGUGGGGCGCCAACAGGUUUUAUGUGCCGCACGGUAUAAGUGUUGAUCCUCAGGGAAACGUAUGGCUAACAGACGUGGCAUUGCAUCAGGUGUUCCGUUUCAAGAGCGACCAAUUGGCCGAACCGGAUCUGGUUUUGGGCGAACGUUUUGUUCCCGGUAAUGAUGACAAACACUUUUGUAAGCCGACAGAUGUGGCCAUAUCGUCGUCGGGAAUGAUCUACAUUAGCGACGGUUACUGUAAUUCACGGAUUAUGAUGUUCUCGCCCGAGGGUCACUUUGUUGGCCAGUUCGGUACAAACGACCAGAUGUUGGUUCCGCACAGUCUGACACUAUUGGAAACGGAUGACUUGAUAUGUGUGGCUGAUAGAGAAAACCGACGAAUACUUUGCUAUACGGCCGGACUUAAUGGAGAAAAAAGUGCCGGAAAACUGGUAUUCAAUGUACAACACAAACAAUUGGGACGAGUCUUUGCCAUUGACCACAUCGGCGAUAUUUUAUUGGCCGUAAACGGACCCGACAUGAAUAGUGUUCCGCCAAAAGGAUUGAGCCUUGACUUGGCCACCGAGCAAUUGGUGGACGUUUGGGAGCCAACUACUGGACACUUGGAGGAACCGCACGAUUUGGCCGUUUCGGCAGACAGUACAUCAUUUUUUGUCGGACAGAUUUCAAUCAAAUCGCAGAAAAAAAUAUUUAAAUUUACAAUACUUUAAAUUUGAUUUCUAAUUAUUAUUAUUUAUUAUUUAUUUUUUUAAUUUUAAU